AUUAUUCGGCAUUUAUCGCCUCAAAUCGUCAGUUCUGUCGUCUGCAUCAUAUAAAUGCAAACAGAAGACCAAGGGAAGUCACUUCCACCUAACUUCCGGUAAUGGCUGCCUCCAAGACAAGCAUGCGAAAAAAAAAUCUAGCAGAUAAAAGUGUGGAGGAGUUUCUGGCAGAAAGCUUUGAUUCAGAUUCGUUUAGUGAAGGUUCGCCAUCAUCACCCUUACCUAAGAAAGUCUCCAAAAUGCAAACCUCUUCAUCGCAGUCCCAGAAUUUGAAUGGGAAGAAGUCAAAGAAGGCUGAAGCAAAAAGCCUAACACAAAAGAAGGUGAAGGAUAAAUCCAAAUCACAAAAACUCACCAAAGCUAAAGGGGACAAGAAAAUACCAGAAUCUGGUGCUUUAUCGAUGAAAAAAUCACUGCAAAAGCUGAAAGAUACAGAUCCUGAAUUCUAUGAAUUUUUGAAAGCAGAAGAUAAAAGCCUUUUAGAGUUUGAUGAUGAGGCAUUUGAGGAAGAUGUUGACCAAGCUGAUGAUUUAGACAUAGACGAGGAUCAUGUGCAAUAUUCCCGGGGGAUUAAGGAAAGGAAAGAUGCUAAAGCAUUUGAGAAGGCAAUACUGGACAUGUCAAGUGGUGAAAGUGAGGGCAGUGAUGAAGAUGAUGCACAGGAAGACGAUGACAAAGGCAGACGCCAUAAAUUGCCAUCCAAACUUGAGGUUGCUAGUGAUGAUGAAGAGUUUGAGGACAGCAAUGAUGAAGGGAAGGGUAAAAAAAGAGGAUCUGGUGUCCUAGUCACCAUGGCAAUGAUCAAGACAUGGACUAGCCAGUUACAGAAAAAUGCAAGUGUGGAAGUUAUGAGGGAAGCUAUAGCAGCACUUGCAGCUGCUAUUCAACAAGCAAGCAGUGGUGGUGAGACUGGAAACCUGGAAGUCGACACAAAGUAUAGAGUUGAGAACAGCACAGUAUUCAAUGCUGUCAUCCGCAUGUGUCUCACUGAAAUGGCACCUGCUUUUCAAACUCUUCUCGGGCUGUCAUCAUUGAGUGACGCACAGCAACGCAUCAAUCAUAAGAGCAAGAAAUGGAAAAGUUUACGUGGAACAGCCAAGAACUAUUGUACCCUACUGCUGCAGCUGACAGGAGAGCUGUCUGAGGCCGGCAUGAUCAAUGUUGUUCUCAAGCAUAUUCACAAACUGGUAGUGUGCUACGCUGGUUUUCCAAAACUGUCGAAGGCGUUUAUGAAGAAAAUGAUUAGUAUAUGGAGCUCCGGAGAAGAAACAACUCGUGUUCUGGCAUUUCUGUGCAUCAUCAAAUUGGUUCGGAUGCAGCAAGAAAAUCUUCUUGAACCAUGCCUAAAGAAAAUGUACAUGGCAUACGUGAGCAACUGUAAGUUUAUCACUCCUGUGGCUCUGCCACUCGUCAACUUCAUGCAGCACUCAUUGGUGGAGAUCCUGCUAGUGGACGAGGUGCUAGCAUAUCAGCAUGCAUUUGUUUACAUCAGACAGCUGGCUAUCCAUCUUCGAAAUGCUAUCACCACGAAGAAAAAGGAGACGUGUCAGGCUGUGUACAACUGGCAGUAUGUGUUGAGCUUGGGCCUUUGGACACGCAUGUUGAGCACUGCUCAUCCCAGCCCUACCCUUCAGCCUCUAGUUUAUCCACUGACUCAGGUCAUUAUUGGCACUAUUAGAUUAUUACCAACAGCCCGCUACUACCCUCUGCGCUUCCACUGCCUUCGGUACCUGACCAAGUUGUCUGGUUCCACAAACACAUUCAUUCCUGUCCUGCCGUUUCUUUUGGAGGUACUGGAGCAAACUGAUUUUAACAAACGUGCAAAAUCCACCAGCUUCAAGAAUUUCAAUAUGGCAUGCAUUCUGAAGUUUUCUAAAACUCAGCUUCAAGAGAAAGCUUUUAAGGAUGCACUGAUAGACCAGCUGUUUGAACUGAUGUUGGAUAAUCUACAUGUCCAUGCCCACAGUGUUGCUUUCCCAGAGCUUGUUGUGCCACUUGUAGUACAGCUUCGGGACUUUUUGAAAAAGUGUAAAGUAACCACCUACUGCAAACAGCUGAAACAAAUUCUGGAUAAGGUUGAGGAAACCGCCAAAUUUAUCACAGCUAAACGGCGAACAACAACAUUCAACCUGACAGACACCAAAGCUGUGGACUUGUGGGAAGCUAGGAGCAAAGAGGAGGGGACUCCUCUGGCAAAGUAUUACAGCUCUUGGAGAAAACUUCGAGACAGAGAGCUUCAGCAUGAAAUUGCACAAAAGGAACAGAUAUCGGGAGCAGCAGAAGAACUGCCUGAGAUUAUAAGGAGAAGGACUCCAGCAAAACCCACUGAAGAUGAGAAGAGGGAGUUUGGUGCACUUUUUGCUGAUGAUGUUGAAGAGGAUUCUGAAGACGACAAUAUCAGGUUCAUGCUAAAGGAGGAGAGGGAGAGCUAUGGAAAGAAGAAGACUGUCAAUGGUGCAGGGACUGAUUCUGAGGAAGAAUACAGUGACUUUGACAGUGAUGAAUUGGAGCAACUUGCUAAAUCUGCCAGUGAAAAUGAUGACAGUGAUGAUGAAGAAGAGGAAGAGAAAAUCACACCCCCACAAAAGCCAACCAAGAGAGUCAAAAGUUCUCAAGGUGCAAGUCAAGAAGUGAAAAGAAAGCGAGCAAAACAUGAGAAAAACAAAACAAGCAACCUGGAUGAUAUUGUUGAAGACUUCAAAAUGUCUGAUUUAGAAUCUGACUGAUGCCGUGCGCAAUUUGUUUAAUAAAAAAAAAUCUUGUGAA